AUGCUCCAGUCCAUGGGCUUCCACCGGUCUCCGACGGCCACUCGGUCUCACCACCCGCCCGAGAUAAGCGCCGCCCUUGUAAGUCGCAUGUGGUGGGCGGUCGUAGUCCGGGAUUGCUGGGUGUCGCUGGCCAAAGGACGUCCGAUGCGAAUUCACACGGAAGACUGCGACGCUUCAAAACCAUUGGCAACAUACGUUUCGGAUGAGCUGCGCCAGCUGCCCAGCUCCCUGCUGGGGGCGUAUCUGCCCCGUGAUAUUGACGCGCUUUGCGAUAUGUGGUGCACGCUUGUUACUAUCAGCGACAAUCUAGGCGGCAUUCAGCGGCUGCAUUACAAAGUCACCGGGCCGGCUCCUACCCGAUCCCAAGUAGACAGAUAUGACCGGCUUCUUCGAGACGGAGCGGUAAUGGCCUUGGAUUAUAGCACGCUCACCAGCGACGAGUUGAAGAUUCACUACUCUCAGCUUCAACUCUCCUUCCAAGCAUCUGUUGCCAUCCUCUAUCGCCCAUUUGUCCUCAACUCAAUCACAUCCAAUGAAGAUCCAAACUGGCCCAAAAUUGCCGCUGAACGAGCCCACGAAGCCGCCGCCAGCACCAAUGCCAUUCUCCAGAGAUUAAUUGAACUAGACGGAAUUCGCUAUCUCCGUCCAAUGAUGUAA